CCUCCUCAGUGUCACUGACCUCAGAGAUCCACGCAGCAGCAGCAGUUGUGUUCAGGCGCAGAGCUGCAGACUCACCAGGACCUGAACGCACCGGAACCUGAACACACCGGAACCUGAACGCACCGUCUCUCGCUCCUCUCGUUGAUUACCAGCUCCUGCUCUGCGGCAGCGGCGCUUCCCUGAACAACAUGCCGUCUCUGCGUCACUCCUACACGGUCACGGUGCCCGAGGAGCCGGCCUCUCUCCCGCUGGACAGACCCGAGCUGCAGCGGCGGAGGACUCCGUCCCUGUCCCGGUCCGCGCUUGUGUCCACGUUCAUGGGUCUGAUCAUCAACCAGGCCAAGAACAAGAGUCCUCAAGGCCUGGUGGGACUGAGGAACCUGGGCAACACGUGUUUCAUGAACUCCAUCCUGCAAUGUCUGAGCAACACUCCGGAGCUGAGGGACUACUGCCUGAGGAACGUCCAUCACACAGACCUCAACAACAACUGUGGGUCGAGUGCAGCUCUCAUGGAAGAGUUUGCUAAACUGACUCAAAGCCUGUGGACGUCUGUGAACAACGAGGCCGUCAGUCCGUCCGAUUUCAGGAACCAGAUCCAGAGAUUCGCUCCCAAAUUUGUCGGCUGCAAUCAACAGGACGCUCAGGAGUUUCUGCGCAUGCUAUUGGACGGACUCCAUAACGAAGUGAACAGAGUGACAGUCUGCCCCAAGGUGUCGGCCCACGACCUCGACCACCUCUCGGACGAGGAGAAAGGCAGGAGAAUGUGGAAUAUGUACCUGGAACGAGAGGACAGCAAAGUAGUGGAUUUAUUCGUCGGUCAGUUGAAAAGUUCUCUAACUUGCUCCGUCUGUGGUUUCCGCUCCACUGUGUUCGAUCCGUUCUGGGACUUAUCGAUACCUAUUGCACAGAAGAGCUCAGGCGAAGUGAGUCUCAAAGACUGUUUGAGACUCUUUACUAAAGAAGAUGUGCUGGAUGGAGACGAGAGGCCGACUUGCAAGAAAUGCAAAACCAGAAGGAAAUGCACCAAACGAUUCUGCAUCCAGAAGUUCCCUCAGAUCCUCGUGCUUCACCUGAAGCGUUUCUCCGACUCUAACGUCCGAGCGAGCAAACUCUCCACGUACGUGAACUUCCCUCUCAAGGAGCUGGACCUGCGGGAGUUCGCCUCUGAGAGCAGCGAGCGUCCCGUGUACAACCUGUACGCAGUGUCUAACCACUCUGGAAAUACUCUGGGAGGCCAUUACACAGCGUACUGCAAGAACCAGGCGCUGGGGGAGUGGUACAGCUACAACGACUGCAGGGUGAGCCCCAUGUCCUCCAGUCAGGUCCGCAGCAGCAACGCCUACGUGCUCUUCUACGAACUGGCCACAUCCCCGCACGCCAAAUAUCAGACAUGUCGGCUCUAGAGGCAGAGGAGGAGGAGGAGGAGGAGGAGGAGGAGGAGGAGGAGGAGGAGGAGGAAUGAGCUGCAACAACUGGGCCUGUGAACGCAGACUCGGCCUGCGUGGAGAGAGCUCCGCCUAGUGGACAACGUUCUGCCAUUACAAAGUGGAGGAAGAAUAAAAAACCCUUGAACCUUACGAAGGUGGAUGUGAAAUUUGCAUUCACACAUUGGGGGGGAAGUGAAGUGACGAUGCCGCCACUGGCCACGACGGUUAGAGAUCCAGCGCCGGGGCGUCACCACCAUGGUGCACACGCAGCACUGGACUCAGAAAAUGAUGUUUCACUUCAUUCUAGUUCCUUUUCAUUUCAAAAAUAACAUUUCCAGCUCUUCAUGGACCCUUUUGCCAAGUGUGUGGAUUUGUUUUGUCACUUAGAAUAUGGACACAUGGACUUGAAAGAUAUCCCACACACUGACUCCAGUAUAUCAUGUAUUCUUAUUUAAUAUGAUAACAGGGAUAUGACAACGGACGCUGGUUUUCUGCUGGGACCAGUGGAAACCCACGGAUGCACAGGGGAUGUUUUUAUGUCAAAGCAUAUUUUUAUUUUUGUACAGUAUUUAUGGGCAGCGAGGUGAAUGUAUCCCGACUUCGGGAAAAAGCCUGGUAUACCAAAGCAGCUGUAUAAAUAUGCAUCGGCAGUACCCCCCCCCCCCCCCCCAGGAAGUAAAGUAAAGCUGACUUGACAUUGAAAACUCAACUGAGGCUGCAUCAUCCGUUCAUUUUUAUCAUACCGUUAUUUAUUCAGGCAAGCGAAUGGAAGCUGGGAAGGAAUGUUAAACCAACAAUACAAGCUUUAUACUGUGUGUUUAACCAGAUGCUCUUCACUCAGCUCAUCCUCUCCGACAGACAUCUCUGCUCAACUCCACCGAGCAGCAAUGACGAACUCCUGAAGCCACUCGGGGGCUCGUGGGAUAAGAGGAAAACACAACGUUGGACUCAUUAUAUCUUUAAAGUUACUGUGGUAGACGUUUUAGCGAAUAUUUGCACUUUCCAGGAGACAAAAAAACAACUUUAACAAACGUUGAAUGUCGUGUUUCUGUUGUCAUGAUGGUUUUAUUACUUGUGUUCUUUUGUUUUUGAGCUCCCGAGGAAAAACUAUGUUGGAAAAUAUUAAAUAUCCCAGUAUUUAUUCACU